AUGCGAGCGAACAAGAAGCUGAAGAUCGACGGCAGCUUGACUCCUCUGCUCGUCGCGGUGGAUAAGCUCUUUCGCUAUGCGCCGGUCGCUGUGUGCGCUACCAUUGGUAGCGAUGUUUCAAAUAUGGUAAACGCCUUCUUGCUCCCGAAAACGCUCGCUCGCGCGGUCUGCGACGAGGAGGCCCCGCUUUUGCGGGUGUUUCGCAAAUUCCGCAGCCCGUCUUGCCUGCCAGAUAUGAACUGCGUCUCAACGUACUUUCAUCUCGAGGUCGUGGACUGGUUGUUAGCACACUGUUCGGAAAAGUUCGCCGAAGACGUGACGGACUGGGUUGCCAAAUACGGUCACCUCCACGUGGUCCAACGGCUUCAUGAGGACCGUUACAGAUUUCCUAACAAAAGCUAA